CCAGGAGAAGUUCUCUGUGACGUCUGCACUGGAACCAAACAGAAGGCCCUGAAGUCCUGCUUAGACUGUCUGGUCUCCUACUGUGAGACUCACCUGGAGCCUCAUCUGACAGCUUCACGUCUGAAAAGACACCAGCUGAUCGACCCUGUGGAGAACCUGGAGGACAGGAUGUGUACGAAGCACGAUAAACCUCUGGAGCUGUUCUGUAAGACCGAUCAGACCUGUGUCUGCAUGCUCUGCUCUGUUUUAGACCACCAGACACACGAGCUUGUUCCUCUGAAAGAAGAAUAUGAAGAAAAGAAGGCAGAGCUGGAGGAGACAGAGGCUGAAAUUCAGCAGAUGAUCCAGAAAAGACAACUGAAGAUUCAAGAGAUCAAACACUCAGUGGACCUCAGUAAAGACGAUGCAGACAGAGAUAUGGCAGAAGGUGUUCGAGUCUUCACCGCUCUGAAGGAGUCUGUUGAGAGAGGUCAGGCCGAGUUCAUCGACACGAUCGAAAAGAAGCUGAAAACAACAGAGAAACAGGCCGAAGCUUUCAUCAAAGAGCUGGAGCAGGAAAUCUGUGAGCUGAUGAAGAGGAGCACUGAGGUGCAGCAGCUCUCACGCUCUGAAGACCACCUCCAUCUAAUCCAGAGAGUCCAGUCUGUUAACUCUGCUCCACCCACCAAAGACUGGACAGAGGUUAAUGUCUGUCAACCACUUUAUGAGGAGACUGUGAGGAAAGCUGUGGCUCAGCUGGAGGAGACUCUCAGUGAAGAGAUGAAGAAGUUGAUUCAAGUUGAGCUGAAGAGAGUCCAGCAGUAUGCUGUGGAUGUAACUCUUGAUCCUGAUACAGCACAUCCUAAUCUCAUCCUGUCUGAUGAUGGGAAACAAGUUUAUCUUGGUGAUGUGAGGAAGAAUCUACCAGACAACCCAGAGAGAUUCUCUCUUUGUGCUUGUGUUUUAGGAAAGCAGAGUUUCUCUUCAGGCAGAUUUUACUUUGAGGUUCAGGUUAAAGGAAAGACUGAGUGGGAUUUUGGAGUGGUCAGAGAGUCCAUCAACAGUCCUGAACUUAAUAAAGGAGGUAAAAACUCUGCACCUCUGAUCAUCUCUCCUAUUGGGUCCAGUUAACACUGUCAGCUCACACUUUACGGUCCGAUCGUCUGGCACGACCUGAGAGCUCACACUGCAUUAAAUUGGGAUGGAAAAUUCACAAUUGUCUAAAGAUAUGUGUGUGUUUCAGUUCUCUCAUGCACAGCUCAAAUACACACACCGGCAAAAACACUCUCUCUCUCUCUCUCACACACACUCAGCAUCACCGAUAAACACAAGCUAACUAGCAGCGAAAUCAGAACAAAUAUUCCCUGGAGGUCUAUUUCCUGCCAGCGUUUCUUUCAUGAUCAGAAGGGGAAGACCCAGUAAGCAGGCAUGAUUGCUGUUGCCAUGGUGAUUUUGGACACAGUCUUUCACUUUUUCUUCAGACACAAUCAGGAAAAAAAAAGUCCUAAAGUCAGGGAAUCUGCUCGUGGCUCUGCUCUAAUUGUGCGAGUGUGUGCAGUCAUACGAGCAACAUAUUAAACAUGUCAUAAAAUCAGCCGACCGUGCCGUGACCAGCCGUCAUGCGUCAGAGUACACUGCACGACUAACACGCAUGAUCGGCAUGACUUCAUAAUCAGCCGAACGAUUCAAUGAUCAUGUUUAAAUCGGCCUGUACACCCGGCUUCAUUCAAACUAUGUAGAAUAAUCAUUUGAGUUUUGUGUGGGCUUGCAGCAUUAAUCAAAGGUUCAUAAUCAUUGGAUCUGCUCGCUGUGUUUAGUCUUUUUUUUCUGACUCUGAUUGAUUGGCACAUUGCAUUUGGUUAAAUAUAAUGUCAUAUUUGAAAGUCUGUAAAAUAAAAUGUUGGACAUUUCUUCCACUGUCAGGUGUUCCCUUACAUUGUGAUGACAUGACAACAUGUUGAAUACAACCAUUAUAGUUAUAAAUGUUUUUACUGGAGUGGGUCAUACGAGUGUUCAGGUUAUAUAUAUAUAUUCAGUACUUUUUUAAUUUAGUAUAAAGAUAAUUCAAUAAAGAGUUUUUGAAUCAUUGCACUUGUUAAAAUAAGAGGUUUGGGAUUUGGUGUGAUGAUACAAAAUGUUGUUUUUCUUGAGUUGUUUGUAACAUGUUUAUUGGAAGAAAUAAAAGGGGAUUGAACAAAUA